AGAGAGAGAGAGAGAUAGAGAGAGCUGCCAUUGAACUCUGCGAACAAAGCUCGAAAGAAGCAAAGAAAUGAACACAGACAUUACUGCAUCGGCUAAGCCGGAAUAUCCAGUCAUAGAUCGAAAUCCUCCCUUCACCAAGACUGUCGCCAACUUCAACACCCUCGAUUACCUUCGACUCACCACCAUCUCCGGCAUCUCCGUCACCGUCGGAUACCUUUCUGGAAUUAAGCCAGGGAUCAGAGGUCCGUCUAUGGUGACAGGGGGUUUAAUAGGAGUGAUGGGUGGGUUCAUGUACGCUUAUCAGAACUCGGCUGGACGUCUCAUGGGAUUCUUCCCCAACGACGGUGAAGUCGCUCGUUACAAGAAGUAAUUUCCCCUUUUUCCCAAAUUUUCAAUCUAGGGUUUCCUUUUUUGUUUGCUGAACGAAUCUCAAGUGGAUCAAUUGGCCUAGUCUAUGAAUCUAUACGACGCACUUAUGUGCAUCGUUUUAAUAAUCAAAUUGUUCCUUGCUGCUUUUAUUGUUAUAAUUACUUCCAAUUUUUGUGAAAAUGAAGAACUAUUGGCAUAAUUAAUGUAUUGUUAUUGUGGCAUUUUGGAAAUGCUUACUACCAAUAUUCAUUGGCUGCUUAUAGAUUGCUGUUUGUCAAA